AAAUCAUCCGUCAAAAUGAAAAACGCUGAAGUAUUUGGUUCUUGAUCCAUAAUGAUAAUAAUAGACGAUAUAUGAACGGCGCUAAUUCUUGCAGAACGUACUGUAUUGAUUGUAGAUCCUAACCUUGUAUAUUGAUCUCAUUAUAGCUGCGUGGAUCCGUCUACUUCCGCGUUCACACAAUAGAAUUUGGCUGUCACAUUAUGAAGGCCAGCAGAUGCCAUGGAACAUGUGGGUAACAAGCGCACCUGCUAUAUCAGCUGGGACGAGUACUUUAUGGGCGUUGCCUUGAUUUCAGCAGAGAGAAGCAAAGAUCCGGUCACGCAGGUUGGAGCAUGCAUUGUCAACCAGGAGAAGAGAAUCGUGGGUGUGGGAUACAAUGGAAUGCCCAAUGGUUGUAGCGAUGACGAGAUGCCGUGGGGCAAGGGCUAUGAAGACCCUCUCCACAACAAGAAGUUAUUCGUCUGUCAUGCCGAAAUGAACGCCAUUGUGAACAAAGUAUCAGCCGAUAUAGCGGGUUGUACAAUAUAUGUGACGUUAUUCCCAUGUAACGACUGCGCCAAAAUUAUCAUACAGAGUCGUCUUAAGGAUGUUGUGUAUUAUGACGACAAGAAUCUUCACAAGAGCGAAGCGAAAGCGUCUGUUUACAUGUUCCGAAAGGCCGGGAUAAAUGUAAGGCAAUACAAUCCAACUGGAAUUGGACGUCUCAAAAGUAAACUAUAACUUAGUCAGGACAUGCUAUACAGAAUGCAGCAGAGUACUAUAUAUUUCGUAGGAUGACAAACACAUUUACCCUGAAUUUUUUUUUUUAUUAGCGAUGGCGCACAAAAAAGGGUCUCUGUGUUUGUAGAAAUUCUCCUCCACUCGCUUUAUUGUCAAGUAUAUCACGUGAUAAAGAAAUAAAACUCAACAUAAAUCACA